GUGACACAUUUUUUUGUGGCUGUCCACACCUGAGCGCAGGUACUCAGACAGAAACGGCAACAUGAGGACACACACACUUCUGUCCAUAACUCUGCUGGGCCUGCUGCUGUGGGCCUCCUGCACCCGGGCCGACGACACUGACACCAAACAGACAGAAACACAAGAAGACACAUCGAAAGAGGCAACUGAGGAGACUCCAGGGGGGGAGGAGGAGGAAACCGAGGAGACACCAAAGAAGGAGAAAACAACGGAGAUAGAGGAGGAGAAGGAUGUGAUGGUUCUCCACAUCAACAACUUUGCCAGAGCUCUCAGUGAAAAUAAGUUUCUGCUGGUUGAAUUCUAUGCCCCCUGGUGCGGCCACUGUAAACAGCUGGAGCCACAUUAUGCAGAGGCUGCUGGGAAGCUGAAGGAGGAAGCAGUGAUGCGUUUGGCCAAAGUGGACGCCACAGAGGAGAGGGAGCUGGCCGAGGAGUUUGACAUCGGAAGUUUCCCCACUCUGAAACUGUUUGUGAACGGAGACCGCAAACAGCCCGUCGACUACACUGGUAAGAGGUCAACUGAGGGAAUUAUCAAGUGGAUGAAGCGUCGUGCAGGCCCUGGUGCUCUGGUGCUCGACUCUGCAGACUCUGCAGCUCAGUUCAUCGACUCCCAUAACAUCACUAUUGUGGGAUUCUUUGAUGAUCUGGAUGGUGAGGUGGCCAAGGUGUUCAAGGAGCUCGCUCUGGAUAUUACUGACACAGAGUUUGCUCUGUCAGCGAGUCCAGAGGUUUUCCAGAAGUAUGAAGUCAAAGCCAGCUCAGUGGUGCUCUUCAAAAAGUUUGAUGACGGCAGAGCAGACUUUUCGUUGUCAGAAGACGGGAAGCUGGAUAAAAAAAAUCUGACCGCCUUCAUCAAGGAAAACAGCCUGGAGCUGAUCAUCCCAUUCAGCCAGGAGACUGCAGAGAAGAUUUUCACCUCCAGCAUCCUCCUGCACAGCUUGCUGUUCAUCAACUCCUCUGUGGAGAGUCAGAAAGCCCUGGUGGACGAAUCCAGGGCCAUUGCCAAAGAGUUCAAGGGCAAGAUGCUGUUUGUUGCGAUCGACGUGUCAGAGGCUAUUUCUCAUGUGCUGAAAUACUUUGGCGUGUCCGAGAAGGACGCCCCCACCGCACGCAUCAUCGACAUGGACACAUCAAAGAAGUUCACCAUCCCUGCAGGAGGUCUCACCACAGAUGCACUGAGACAGCUGUGCCAGGAGGUUGUGGACGGCACUGCCAAGCCCUACUAUCGGUCUGAGGAGAUCCCAGAGGACUGGAACAAAGGACCAGUCAAAGUCCUGGUGGGGAAGAACUUUGAGUCUGUUGCUCUGGACCCGACUAAAAACGUCUUUGUGGAGUUCUAUGCUCCAUGGUGUGGCCACUGUAAGGAACUGACGCCCAUCUGGGAACAGCUGGGCGAAAAGUAUGCCGACAAAGAUGACAUCAUCAUAGCCAAGAUGGACGCCACGGCCAACGAGGUGGAGUCUGUCCCCAUUGAAGGAUUCCCAACACUCAAAUACUUCCCAGCUGGUGGCAAAGAGGUGGUCGACUACACGGGAAAAAGAGAUCUGGAGACUUUUUCUAAGUUCCUGGAUGAUGGAGGAGUGCUGCCUAAAGAGGAAGUGGAGGAGGAGGAGGAAGAUGAUGAAGAUGAGGAAGAUGAUGAGGAUGGUGAUGAGGAGGCCCAUGUGUCUGAAGAGGUAGCAUCCAACGACACAUCUAAAGAUGAGCUGUGAUGUCACUUUGGUUUUUGGCCAAUCAGGAUCAACCUAGCAUCUUCCUAUUUUUCUUAAUAAAAUGAAUUUGGAUUACAAAAGUAA